AUGGGUAUGGUUUUUGGUAAACUCAGGGUGGAAACACCGAAAUUCGAAGUCGUAAAAUCGACAGCCGACUACGAGAUACGUCAAUACCCACCAUCGGUGGUGGCAGAGAUCACCUACGACCCAACUCAAUUCAAAGGGGACAAAGACGCUGGGUUUUCGAUUCUAGCCAAGUACAUCGGCGUAUUUGGCAACCCACAGAACACGAAGCCGGAAAAGAUCGCGAUGACUUCAUCAGUAAUAACGAAGGCGGAAAAGAUAGGGAUGACUUCGCCGGUGAUGACAAAGGGAAAUGUAGGAAGGGUGACGAUGCAGUUCACGCUGCCGGAGAAGUACAAAAAGGCGGAGGAGGCGCCGAAGCCCGUAGAUGAGAGGGUGGUGAUAACGGAGGAGGGAGAGAAGAAAUAUGCUGUGGUAGGGUUUAAUGGGGUGGCGACGGAGGGAGUUGUAACGGAAAAGUUGGAGAAGUUGAAGAAGGACUUGGAGAGAGAUGGGUUUAAGAUUGCAGGGGAGCAUGUAUUGGGAAGGUACAAUCCGCCGUGGACUUUGCCUUAUUUUAGGACCAAUGAAGUUAUGGUUCCGGUAGAAUAA